UGGUAGUAACACAUAGCUUCUCGAGUGGGAAAAGCAUCACGACCCCGGCGCCUUUCCUGCAGGUCGUGAAUGUUGUUGUUGCGCUCGCUGCUUUUCAGGUCAAGAUCCAAGGAUGGGCACAAGGCACAUCGAGGACUGUUGUUGACAUCAUACAGCAGGGCGCUCCGCCGCUGGAGAAGCACCUUUUGACCUCCAACGUUUCGUCCGCGCAGUUUUCAUCGGAUCAAUUCCACGGUUGUUUAUUCAGCAUCUCCAUCUACACACCUUUCCCUCUCCCUCUCCCUCUCCCUCGCCCUCUCUAUCUGAUUCCACCAAUACGUCCGCCAUGAACGACGGCUUUGUCAAGACCUGGCCGCGAAGGCUCUUGCAGCUCGAAGGUGCUUGCAUAUUCGGUUCAACCAUCUGGGCCUAUUCACGUUCCAGACAGUCGUGGUGGACCUUUGCCGCUCUCCUCCUGACCCCAGAUCUGGGUAUGGCGGGAUAUCUUGCCAAUACCUCGGCUGGCGCCUUCUUGUACAACACCUUUCAUACGGAAACGCCUCCCAUACUUUUGCUGUGCAUGGGGUUGGCACGAGAUAACAAGACCCUCACUGGACUGGCUUUGAGUUGGCUCGCGCAUAUUGGCAUGGACCGCAUGCUGGGGUAUGGUCUGAAGUACGGAACAAGUUUUAGCCACACACACUUGGGCGACCUGGGCUUCUCUAGCAAGAGGGACGAUAAGACAAGCGCAUCUCAGUAAGAUGUCCAAUUCUCCGGGGUGCCAGGCGUGGUGCAGUCAAUCGCCGCUUGACAAUAGCGGCACGCUUGGAAGGCCGGCAAUGUCGUGUACCACAUUAGCUAGAAAAAGGAACUAUCCUCUUGUCAUGGCAAGACACUGGGCGGACAAGCCCCUAAAUACGAGCAAGUCAACAACUUU